UGACAUUAGUGCUUGCUGUGCCCGAAAUUAUUACUAUAGUCAAACUUUUGUGGUGCACGUCUUUUCUCCUCCAUGGCAAAUUAAGCGAAUGGCCGUCGCUGCCAUCUUUUCUAUUAGGUAUCGUCUGCUCUAUAAUGGAAAGCACCGCAUUAAUAUUUUUUCUUAUGAUAGUCGGUCCCAAACUUCAUCCGAUUAUCCUUAUCCCGUUACUAAGCAGUGUGCUCUGCUUGCAGAUAGUUUCACUAUCUUUUAAACAGGGAAUGUGGAUAUUGGACCAUGAUAACACCAAUUCAAACACUAAAUCUCUGAAGAAUAUUCUUCGUACUGCAUUCGGACUAAUUUCUGUUGCAUUAGUUGUGGCCACGUCAUUUGUGACUGGUUUUAGCCAAAUCUUGACUAUUUCAGAAUCUCUAAUUUUGUCCACAUCCUUAUUGGCUUUAUCUUUCACGUGGUGCCCCGGAAUAGCAACGUUUAUAAUACGAUCUCAAGACGGCUUCGUUGAUGGUCGUAAAAAUGCCGGUAUAGUUUAUACUGUUUUGAAAUUGGUAGUACUUUUUGUUUUAGCCGUUGUUAUAACUUACUUAAAUCGGCAGGACACUUUCAAAGAAUCAUUUUACAGCUUAAUGCAAGGUUUCGAUAAUAUAAACUCAACAAAAACCUUCAGAGAUGGACUCUUGAUUCACCUCUUUGCCGGUUUAUUAUCGCAUGCAUCCACUUACGUAUCAGCACGAAUAUGCCUUACACAUAGUGGUAUUUACCUACCAACACUAUUCGUCACUCCGAUCACAAUCUUGAUCAUAAUUUUCGACAAUUUCUAUGGUUUUUUUCAUGUCGUAAAGUUGUCUGCCCUGUCAGGAUUAACUCUCGCUUCGUGGUUUUGUUUAGGAAUUGCAGUUUUACUUUGGUUGUUACCAUUUCUAAUGCUGGGCAUGAACCAUACACCUGUACCAAAUUCCAUACUGAAAUCUUCGGAAUCGAACUUCUUAAGUUUUACUUACAACAAUAUCUUCCUCGAACAUCAUUUGCAUUUGAAUUACAAACCAGAAGGAAUUCAUACCGGACAUGAUAAGAUGAGUGAAAUGUUGACCGGGGUAUCCAAAGUGAGCAAAAUUUUCGUAUGUACAACCAUGUAUAGAGAAGCAGAAUUCGAAAUGGAGCGUCUCCUGAAAAGUUUAGAAGGAUUAUCCUUGUCGAAAAAACUGUCUCAUGUCUAUAUAGAGUCCCACGUGAUUCUUGAUAAUGGUUGUAAAGGAAACGAUCUUGGAGAGUUUGCACUGCAGCUUCUGUCGUUACUUCAAAACAAACUGAAUAUUGCUCGUACAGAAGUUUAUGCAAAUCGAAUGCCUUACGGAUUGCAACUUCAAUGGAUCUUAAAUUGUGGCAUUCCGUUUUUUCUGCACCUGAAAGACACUCAAAAAGUGAAACCGAAAAAACGAUGGAGUCAAGUGUUAUAUAUGAACUACGUAAUGAGUUGCCGGGUGAAAAAAGCUUACAAUUGGAUAGAAAAAAGACUGAAACGCUGCGAAAUGGAAUCGACGCCAUUCAACGCCCGGUAUUGUGUCGAUGAAAGGAAAUUCUAUGGUGUAGAUUCAUCGAACAUCCAAACGAAAAGUCCUACAAUAAGAUGUCACCUCACAAGUUCGAUGCUGAGUCAAUAUAGCGAUUGUUCGGUAUUUUCCAGCGAAGAUGAGAUAUCAUGCUGGUCGGAUGAUUCAGAAAUGGGUAAAAACCUAUAUUCAAACUCUAGCGUAUAUCUCCAUCCAAAUGGCUUGGGCGUCCCCAAGAUGAACGGUAGAUUAUCAGCGAGCCCCCAUUCGUUGGUGAACUCUGCAUACAUGUAUGGGCUUGAAGAUUCUGGUACUUCAUGGGCCUCAAGUACAAUAACUGAUAUGGUUCGCAAUGGUGCCAGUAUUCGUAUUAAUCCGAUAAUAGAAGAAAAACCUAUUAACACCAUCAGUGGAAAUUUGAUUAACGAUGCCAAAGUGAACAUCAGGUCACCGUUCCUUCCGAGCCCUGAAGAAUUCGACAGCCGGACCUAUAUCCUAGCAACGGAUUCCGACAUGAAGUUUAGUGAUGACGCUGUGAUCGAAUUAUUGAACACUUGUAAUGGUGAUCUCCGAGUCGGUGGUGCUUGUGGCCGGACACAUCCUGUCGGCGAAAAGAAUCGCCCAAUUGUAUGGUUCCAAAUUUUUGAAUAUAUCAAAGAUUUCUGGAUGACAAAAAGCGCUCAGAAUAUUAUUGGGUCGGUGAUGUGUUGCCCAGGAUGUUUCAGUCUGUAUAGAAUCACUGCGCUCUAUCAUUUAUUGGAUGAAUAUUCAGAACCAAGUACGGAAUCGAUGGAUGUAUUUGUCAAAGACACAGGCGAGGAUCGAUGGUUGUGUACUCUUAUGAUGAUGAGAGGCUGGAAAUUAAAAUAUUGUACGUACGCCUUCAACACCACUUUCUGUCCUUCUACAAUGGACGAGUUCUUAAAACAACGACGACGCUGGAUUUUAUCUGAUUUGGCCAAUACAUUCUUAGUUUUGAGUUAUCUUCCCAAACUGGUGCGACACAAUGCCUGUUUUACAGUCAUUUACAUCCUCUACCUUGUUCAGUUGUUCCUUAUUGUUAUCAUCUCUCCAGGUUCCACCAUAAUGCUAAUUACAGCUGGGUUAGACUUGCUAUUCGAAAUUACAUUUGUGGCGCCUACAGUCUUAGUUUGUAUGACACUUUUAGGUUAUAUGAUCAGCUGUAUGUUUGUUUCGACGAAGACUCAAGCCUAUAUCACAACCGUCUUAAUAUUGUUAUUUGGCAUUGCCAUUUCAUGCGUCUUCAUAGGUAUUACCGUCUUAGUUGUCAAAGACAUUAUCAAAGACGAGAAAGAGGGCACCCUGGAGUUUGAAGAUGAUUAUAUGUUAAUCGUACUCCCGAUCUGUGUUGUCUAUGCCGCCAUUUUACAUCCACACGAGUGCUGGAUGAUAUGUCUUGGAUUUUUCUCCAUGUUCAUGGUUCCAACCAUGAAUAUUUUGAUUCCAGCAUAUGCCAUCAGCAACAUUGUAGAUCAAAGCUGGGGGACAAGGGAUGGCAACAAAGCUUCCGUUCCGAAACUGGUUUGUUUCCCCCAAAUCCGUAAACGUCGAAAAAAGAAGAUAAAGAAGAAAAGGAAGGAUAAAAUUUCCGCAAGUAUGAAUUCUUCCACUCAUAGCUUUAACCUCUUUGAUAAGCAUGAAGAUGAAGUCGAAUACAAAUUCUGGAAGUUUCUACAUGAUUUCGUUAUUGGUGCAAAGGUAAGGACGGGUGCACCAAAGUCGGAAAUCGCUGAAAAACUCCGGAAGUUGCGCGUCAAAAGUGCUUUCGUAUUUUUGAUGUGUAAUACGAUCUGGAUGAUCAUCCUUGGAUACCUCUUCACAAACAUUACAAGCGAAAAGUCUAAGUUAAAUUUAUUUGGUUUAAUCAAUGGCUCUCUGUUCGGGAUUUCGCUCGUCGUUCAACUGAUUGGAAUGACGAUACAUCGAACCCAAGACACUAUCGAACGUUUUAUACGCAAAUCAAACAGACACUCGAAGCAACCCGAAUGGAUAAUUGCAAAAGACGAAAAGCUCGCUGCUAUAAUAGACUGAAGUGAAAAAUAAAUCAAAUAAAACAAAAUAUAAAAAAAGAUAAAAAGACAAAAGAAAAUAUCUUGGGAAAAAAAUGGUACGAAAUUUUAAAAUAAAUAAAAGCUAUUCUAAAACGAAGUGGCAACACCCUGGGCUGCGCCCAUUCUGGUGCACUGUCUCCAAGCGUUAUUGUCGAUCACAUCAACAUUAUUACUUGUUCUAGUCAGGUAUUUAUUUUAUAGAUCUUUAUUUGUUGGAAGACCAAAUAAGGUAUUUUAAAACGACACCUUUUAGUACACCGGGAGCUUACGACUACGAAACCAAAUUUGUAAGCACAUUCUCGCAUGCUUCCUUCAAUUUUCAGGCAAACACAUAAAUUAUACAUAUUCUGCUAUUCUUUUAUACGUUUUAGAGAUGCAGUUGCGAUCAUGCUGGAGCAUCAUUUUAAAUUUGUACUCUUUCCACAGACCUCUUCUAUGGCGGGUUUCUACUGAGGUGGGUGGGAUUUCAUAUUAACUUUUCCAUGUGCUUUGUACCUAAUGGUUGUAUCUUUAGGUGUAUGGCAGUUUGACACCGUUUCCUUUGUCUGUAUUUCCUACCGAGACCGUUGGCUCGUCUGGAAUCGAGGAUAGGAGAAUGUCCAAUUCCUUUUUCAAGUUAUCUACAUUCUAUAGUCUAUAGCCUGUCAUGUUUAGAGGAAAUGAGGGUUUGAGUCCUACAAAAAGCCUUUGACUUUCUCAAUCCAGGGGUUUUUAACCCAAGUUAUUAUUUAUAGCUCUAUCUAUUUCGAGCUCUAUCAUAAAAAGUAUAUAAAAAUGUAAAUAUAUAAUCAUUAUAUACAUAUAAUUGGACGUCCGUUUACUACUCACGAGUCCUCUGUCUUUUGACGAGCCUUAUAAUAUUAAUAUUAAUAAUAUAUAUAUAUAUAUAGAGAGAGAGAGAUACCUAUUAUUAUUUAAAGGACACAGUACAUGCAUUUAAGUGUACUAAUAGUUUUAUACGUCGAGAAAUACUCAAAUAUAUCAAACUAUCAGAAGCGCUUAAAUGCAUGUACUGUGGCCUUUAAGUAAUAGUACUUAUCUCUCACCGGGGGGAGUAAUUUUUUGUUGAAUCUUCUAUCAUAGAACAGUACAUUAUAUAUAUAUGUGUAUAUAUAUAUAUAUAUAUAAAUGAUUGAGAUGUAUAAGG